AUGACAGUGUUAGCAAUUGCCAACGGACUUCACAGAAUUCUUUACGAAGAGAAAGUAUCUUUCGAACUUCCUACUUUCCAAAAAGGAAGUUGCAUAGAUUCUAUCGAUAAGUGGAAAUGGGGUAGAAAUCUAUUGGAAAGUAUUCUUAAUUUAAAUAACGUUAAUGGAAGUUUAGGGCCUUUAAGGUUUACGAAAUUUGGUUACCAUCAUCUCACUAAUUUUGACAUCGAAAAUCUUCAAAUGAGAGGUUUCGUUAAAGUAGGAAAAUGGUUAGGAAACGAGAAAAACUUGAAGAUUAAUUCAGAAAUCAUAUUUCCUGGCCAAACUACAAUUCCUCCUACUAAUUCUCAUCAAAGUCUUUCCGGAAGAACACUUAAUAUUGGAAUAAUUGUGGAUGAGCCUUUUAUAAUGAAAAAUCCUUAUUAUAAAGAAGGCGAUCCUAUGCAUUCUAAAUACGAAGGAUUACUUAUAGACCUUCUUUUAAAAUUACAAGAAAUAAAAUAG